AUGGUGUCCAACGGUGUCAAGGACAAGGGCCCAGGCAAGCUCGCGAUUGCGCACCGCGCUGCCACGACCGACAUUGCCCUCCAGGCCGAAAAGGACUUUUCGGCCCAAAACUACCAGUCCCUACCCAUUGUGUUUUCCCGCGCGCAGGGCGCAUCUGUCUGGGACCCCGAGGGCCGUCACUAUCUCGACUUCCACUCGGCUUCUACGGCCCUCAACCAUGGCCAUUGUCACCCGAAGCUCGUCGCUGCGCUUGUCGACCAGGCCUCGCGGCUGACGCUCACCUCGCGCGCCUUUCACAACGACGUAUACCCGCAGUUUGCCGAGAUGGUAACCAAGACGUUUGGCUAUGACCGCGUCCUGCCCUCAAGCACUGGCGCCGAGGCGGCCGAGACUGCUAUCAAGGUCGCUCGAAAGUGGGCUUACAAGGUGAAAGGCGUUCCCAAGGACCAGGCGAUUAUCCUCGGCGCGGCAGGGAACCACCACGGACGAACGCUAGCCACAAUCUCUCUGGCUUCCGACGCCCAGUCGCGAGAGAAUUACGGCCCCCUAGUCUCCAAUAUAAGCUGCUAUAUUCCCGGAACCGACAGGCCCAUCGCGUACAACGACAAGGACGCGCUGCGGGAGGCCUUUGACAGCGCGGGCUUCAACCUGGCCGCCUUUGUCGUCGAGCCGAUCCAAGGAGACGCCGGCGUCAUUGUCGCCGACGACGAGUACCUCCGAGAGGCGCGGGCGCUCUGCGACAAAUACCGUGCCCUGCUGAUCUGCGACGAGAUCCAGACGGGCAUUGCGCGAACCGGAAGGCUGCUCGGGCACUACUGGAGCGGCGUCAGGCCCGACCUGGUCCUGCUGGGCAAGACCAUGACGGGCGGCAUGUAUCCCGUCUCGUGCGUCCUGGGCAGCAACGACGUCAUGCUCACGGUUGAGCCGGGGACGCACGGGUCGACGUACGGCGGCAAUCCGCUCGGCGCGGCCGUCGCCAUGCGUGCUCUCGAAGUCGUCGACGAGGAAAAGUUGGUCAAGCGCGCCGAAAGCCUUGGCAAUAUUCUCCGCGAGGGUCUGAGGGCUAUCCAGGCUCGUAAUCCUAUUAUCCAAACUGUCCGUGGUAGAGGUCUCUUGAACGCCUUCGUCAUCGACCAGUCCAAGACCAGUAGAUGCUUGGGUAUAGAACUGUGUGAGCGGAUGAAAGAGAAGGGCCUUUUGCUCAAAUCCAGCCGUACCGGUGUCAUUCGUAUCGCCCCGCCCCUGGUUGUCACCGAAGACGAACUUGAAAAGGGACUGGAAAUCAUCAGGGAGUGUGUUGAAGAGCUUUCGGGCCUCUCGAGCACCGGGUAA